AUGCCGCAACAGGAGGCUCCACCACCGCCAUACACUUUGUUAGCACCGUUAGAACCACUUCAGUAUCAUCCGCGACGAUUCUUCCGGUGCCAUAUACAGCACCAUAAUCUUGGCCAAAUAACCGUGACAGUAUCUGCACGGGUCUAUAAACAUACUGGAGCUCAAAAAAUCGCUUUUGAUGAUAUGCUUCAGGCUGUGUUUGGUUCAAAUGAUAUCGUGGGAUGCCCGCACACAAAAGCCUUCUCCAAGUCAACAUCCCGUUACCCAUUCGGAAGACUGGAGGCCUUAUUUCUCUGGAUCCGCUUCUGCAGAAACCGAAUACCUCCCUCGGCGGACGACUAUACCGAGUCGAAGCGCAAUUUCGGCUGCGUCGACAAUCGAUGCGAUAUGGUUGGCUGGUUCACGCGGGAUAAAGAUACAAACGACGUGUAUCUGCACAUCAAAAGACACUGGGACUACGCCUUGGACCGAGAAGGCAUGGGAUGGGUUAUGAGGGCAGAAAGAAGGGCUCGUGCCGAUGCAGGCCUCAAGACAACAGAUGUGGAUGGGAACACUACUUUCGAAUUCGCAUACCGACUGCAAGGACGCUCUCUUUAG